AGAAAGACCACUAUUUCUUUCACAGAAUGCAUGAUCCAACUCUUUUCAUCCCAUUUCUUUGGCUGCCUGGAGAUCUUCAUCCUUAUCCUCAUGGCUGUUGACUGCUAUGUGGCCAUCUGUAAACCCCUGCACUACAUGACCAUCAUGAGCCACCAAGUCUGUGGUGUGUUGGUGGCCGUGGCCUGGGUGGGCUCCUGUGUGCAUUCUUUAGCUCAGAUUUUUCUUGCCUUGAGUUUGCCUUUCGGUGGCCCCAGUGUAAUCGAUCACUAUUUCUGUGACUUGCAGCCCUUGUUGAAACUUGCCUGUUCAGACACUUAUGUGAUCAACCUACUCCUGGUGUCCAAUGGUGGUGCCAUUUGCACAGUGAGUUUUGUCAUGCUGAUGUUCUCAUAUGUUGUCAUCUUGCUUUCCCUGAGGAACCACAGUGCUGAAGGGAGGAGGAAAGCCUUGUCCACCUGCAUCUCCCACAUCAUCGUGGUCAUCUUGUUCUUUCGUCCAUGUAUAUUUAUAUACACAUGCCCUGCAACCACCUUUCCCAUGGAUAAGAUGAUAGCUGUAUUUCAUGCAAAUGGGACACCUUUGCUCAACCCUCUGAUUUAUACACUGAGGAAUGCAGAAGUGAAAAAUGCCAUGAGGAGGUUAUGGAGCGAGAAACUGAUCUCAGAUGAGAGAAGAUGA